CCGGCCGCGGACAGCAUGGAGACCGCGGCGGGCGCCCAGGCUGCCGGUAGCGCAGGGCCGCGGGAGCGAGGCCUUUGCGUGCUGUGCGGCCUGCCUGCAGCGGGAAAAUCGACCUUCGCGCGCGCCCUGGGCCGCCGGCUGCGGCAGGAGCGAGGCUGGACCGUGGGCGUCCUCUCCUACGACGACGUCCUCCCAGACGCCUCCCUGGAUUCCGAGGGCGCGCGGCCGCCGCCAUCCCAAUGGAAAAUGCUUCGACAGGAACUGUUGAAGUACCUGGAAUGCUUCUUGACUGCUGUCAUUAGCGGGUGCCCGAUGUCUGCCCCACCCAACAGGACUGAAGCCAUAUGGGAAAAUUUUAUAACUUGCCUAAAGGAUCAAGAUCUGAUAUUUUCUUCAGCACUCAAGGCCCCAUAUUGCUAUCUCUUAGCAAAAACUGCUGUUUCUAGACCUUUAUUUUUGGUUUUAGAUGACAACUUUUAUUAUCAAAGUAUGAGAUACGAAGUCUUCCAGCUGGCUCGGAAAUAUUCAUUAGGCUUUUGCCAGCUCUUUUUAGAUUGUSCCCUUGAGACCUGCUUGCAGAGGAAUGGCCAGAGAUUACGAGCCCUGCCUCCAGAGACCAUUUAUGCAAUGGGGGAAAAGAUAGAAAAGCCCAACCCUCAGAAAAAUGCUUGGGAACACAACAGCCUUACAAUUCAGAGUCCAGCAUGUUCUUUGGAGAGCAGCCUGGAGGUGACUGAUUUAUUAUUGCUUACUGCUUUGGAAAAUCCAGUAAAGAAUAUUGAGGACAAUAUGGAACAAAAGGAAAUGGACAGAAUUAUUUGUUCAACUAAYGUUCUUCAUAAAGCUGAUCAGACACUCCGAAGAAUUGUCUCUCAGACAAUGAAGGAAGCAAAAGAUGAACAAGUACUUCCUAACAACUUGAAGCUUCUAGCAGAAGAACUUAAUAAGCUCAAAGCAGAAUUUCUGGAAGACCUAAGACAAGGAAACAAAUAUCUAUGCUUUCAACCAACCACUGACCUAUCAGAUGUCACUUCUUUUUUUUGUAAUGAGAAAGAUAAUAUUGUACAGAAGUAUUUUUCAAAGCAACAUUAAAAUUUCAGAAUUUCCAACUGUUUGAUUUUGACGAGCUUUUGCAGAGAAGUAAUUUUGUAUUAGUGGGUGUUUUCUAGGCCAAUAAUGUGACCUGCUAAAGACCAUUCUUUCAAAGAAAACAGUCUAUUCUAAAGGACCCAUUAGUCAUAACAGAAAUCACUUCAGUCACUUGUCAGAUAUGACAUGGAUAAUUAAGCAUCCGAGGUGGCCCUCCUCAUUGAUGUGCCAGAACCCUUAGGGCAUAGGAGUCAGGUUAAAUGGAUCCUGAAUAAAGAGGGUAAGCURGGAUGGAGGCAAUUGCACAUAUGUGGGGCUAUUUUUGUUUUUAGCUUGGUGAUAGAUCUUUUCAUGGUAAGGCAUUCUAGAAAUUCAAACUUGGGUACCCAUAAAAUCUUUUUCUUUUAUUAACUUAACAUUUUAUAUACCAGAAAAUUACUAAAAAACUAAUUU